AUGGUGCAUUAUGCGUCUGUCGAAGCAUUAGACUGUAUGCCGGCCUACUACAAGGUGACUCUCCGCCCGUAUCCUAAAGACCUUUGUGGGUCUGACAAAAUACAGGUGGCACUGAAGCGAUUCCUCGACGACAUUGCCAACGAAAUUGUGGAGGGUAGACUCAUGGGCUUUUUGUCUCGCAUUUUAUCACCGGUGACUGUAUUCGACAUGCCAGCAGACCUUGUCAUGAAGAUUGCUGGUGAGUUGAAGGAAAGUCAAUCAAUUCGUGAGCAACUCAACAAGAAGCUCGUGAUCUUGGAGGGGGCUCAGAGACCUGCAAACGCUUCGUUUGGAUAA